AUGAAUAUGUUCUUUAAGUCUCCAAUUGAUAUCGAGAUUCUAUUAGAUGGGGAAGAAUCAAGGAAACAUGUUGAGGUACCUGCUUCAACAGGCUCAGGUAAUGCAUUGAGAAAGGAAUCUCUUCCAUUAAUAGAAGAUGGAGAAUCAUUAAAAGGUAUUGUGACGCUUCGUGUAAGAGAAGGUAAGAGAGUAGAGCAUUUGGGUGUAAAAAUAUCUGUGGUGGGUUCAAUUGAUAUGCAAAAAGUUGGUGGAGUGACACCAAGUUCAGCAUCAAAGGGUUCUUCUGCAUCCUCAAAUGCUUCAAAUUAUAGUGCAACUGACUCUAAGAAGAAACAAGUGGAUCAAUUUUUGUAUUUAAGUUAUGAUCUUUGCCCUCCAGGUGAAUUGCAACAUUCUCAAAGUUUUCCUUUUGCCUUCAAAGAUUUAGCUAAAAUGUAUGAAUCAUAUAGAGGAAAAAAUGUGGACGUUUCAUAUUACAUAAAAGUUACAGUUACUAGAAAAUCUACAGAUAUAUCUAAACUUAAAAGAUUCUGGGUAUACUUAUACAAUGAUAUUUCGAAAACUCCCAAUAACGUGACAACUACUAAAACAGGUACUAGAAAGAUUAUAAAUGAGUAUACUGACGGCGGAAAUGGAGAUAAGAGUAAACCAAAAGAAACAGGGUCUACCUCUGAACCUCAAGAAAAUGGAAACGAACAGUCUAGUGAUACUCUAACGUCUCAGGAGAAUGGGGUGGUUCCAAAACCAGUCAAACUAGAUAUAGGUAUAGAUAAUUGUUUACAUAUAGAAUUUGAAUAUGUGAAAUCUCAAUAUACCUUGAAGGAUGUAAUAGUAGGUAGGAUAUAUUUCUUAUUAACGAGAUUGCGGGUGAAAUAUAUGGAACUAAGUUUGAUAACAAGAGAAUCAUCGGGAGUCAAACAAAAUAGCGUAAUCAUCGAUACAACAAGUAUUAGAUUUGAAAUAAUGGAUGGGUCCCCUGUAAAGGGGGAAACGAUACCUAUUCGUUUAUUCCUAGGAGGGUAUGAUUUGACUCCUAACAUGAGUUGCAAUUAUUUUACAGUCAAGAACUACUUAAGUCUUGUAAUAAUUGAUGAGGAUGGGAGACGAUACUUCAAACAAUCGGAGGUAGUUCUGUACCGUACUAGAUAA